UUUCUGCAGCCCUCUGUGUUUAGGGGAUCUGAUCAAGGCUCGUUGAGCACGGAUGGAAGAAGUCAAAGUCAAGAAGAAACAUGAUGGAGGAAGUAAAAGCUGAAGACUCCAACGGAGAGUUUGAGAUGGUUGGAAAUGAUUCAGCUGACCCAAAACCCACUCCUGCAGUCACAGCAACACACAGUCAAUCCAGUACAACAGAUACCUGUACUAUAGGAGACUCUGCUGCAGUAUCGGCUGGAGAAUCUCACCCUACCUCUGUAUCCUCAAAUGAACCAUCUCUCACAACCUCACGUGACCCCUCGCCCCUUCCCACAUCCAACCUUUUCCCACAAUCCGAUGACACCACGUUCCAAGUUGGCCUAGGUGACCCUGGUAUAUCCCAGAUAACAAGGGAGCAAGAGUCAGUGGAUUCACCUGCUGAGCAUACACAUUAUCAGCCAGGUCCUGCGGUUGCACCUGCUACCAUCGCUGGAACACACAUUGCAAAACACAGCUUACAGCAGCCAGCCGUACAGGCUCCGUAUCCAGGCUAUGCACCACAGCAGCCAGCAGGGCAGCUCGCCUACCCAGACUAUGCACAGUCAACACAACCACAGGGUCAGUAUAACUUUGAGGAGCAGCAACAGUUUUAUACACCAUCAUCGGUUGCGCAUGCAGAUGUAUCACCUUACGCCCAGACUCCUGUCGUACAGGCGCCCGUCUCAUAUCAGAUGGUAGGACCUAGCGGUGGAUACGUCGGCGAGGAUGUGUCGGUAUCUAAUUCAGACGACAGCAGCAUGUGGGGCUGGUUCAAGGGCACUGUCACCCAGAUCGCUCAGAACAACCUUGUGCACAACAUUGUUGAGAAGACGAAGAGUUCAGUUGACUCGAUGAUAACCGCACUAGAUCCACAAAUGAAGGAGUACAUUCGUCAAGGAGGUGAUGUUGACAUCAUUGUGGCAUCUGAUAAGGAAGCGAAGGUCAGCCCUAUCAGGCAAGCAUUUCAGGACGUGUUCGGUAAAGCUGACGUGAACGGGCUUGCCGCGGACAACAGCAUUGCUCCGCAGCCGGUUGGAUUCACUGCAGGUAUGAAGGGAGCUGAGGGAAGGAUAGAGAAUCUACGGCAGAGCAGGCGUGUGCAUCAACUCCAACCCCUGCUUGCCGUCGAAGGCUGCCUGGUUGAGAUUGCACCUGACCGGUGGUACAACGUGGAUUGUUUGCUACUUCAAGACCCAGGUCAUAGCAUAGAGUUGCAGACAUACGCACAGGCUGUCCCGGUGCCUAUAGAAUACGUGAUGGAAGCUCAGGACAAUACCCCUUCAGACUAUGCACUUGGGUGGUCUGGUCUCUCCAUCACAAUCGGCCAAGUAAUACAAAAGAAUAUACCCCACGUGGAUCGUGCGGACUGGCAGCUGUCUCUCACGGGUGUGUCGCGACGGGACCACAUCUACAUGGCAACGAAGAUGCUUGCUGGCCUCUACAAGACGAAGCUGCAAGCACUGGCUAUUUAGGCCAAUCGGCAGUAGAUAGCACCGAACAUUUUACGUAUUGUCAUGUCCGUGUGCGUGUCGGCGUGCACGCAAUGGCGCCGUCAUGUCAGUCGGUAACUAACCGUCAUCAUCGUUUCGCGUAGCUCUCGGUUUGCUAGUAGAGGUCGUGCGUAUGCUCGCGGAUGUGUUAUACGUGGGGUAUGUUGUACGUGUCACCAGCCAACCUCGGCGCAUGUUCACUGUAGCGUGACUGGCAUGCAUUGCGCUCAGUAUGGCGUUUUGCACGCGAUGCAAUAACAAUAACAAGCCGAUUCUGAUAUCGCAGCGCGUUAAGUCUGUCUGUGAGCUACGAAUUGCAAUGACAGCGAGCUUCCUAUGCGUGUUUGUGCGGAAUUACCAACAUGGGACUGCUUGCAGCAGGUGAUCCGGGAAAAACGCAAGUCCCCUCUGCCUGGAGAAGCAGAGAUUGUCACAGCUGUGCAAUUUUAAUUAUCGGAGAGAAUGCGCAGAGCUGAUGCCGUGCCCACGGCCAUUUCACGGUCACCGUACUGACGCUGUUGCUGCAGAUUCAAGACAAAACCUCAGCAGUGCAGGCUGGGCCUGGGAAAGCUGUGAUUAUGAGAAGCUACGCGUAUCAUAAAUGAACUUGGCAUGAAGAUCAGUUUUCAGUUAUGUGCACUUAUUUUAGUACCAUCAAACGCGUAUUAAGAAUGUAAUACGCUCUUGGUACUCUGAAUAUCCUAAUUGUGUGCGCAGAGGGGUUACCUGGCUAUUUGCCAGCACUAACAGAUACGUGGUAUGGUUAUUCCCACUCGUCAAGUAUGUAUAUGGUGGCUGGUUGGUUAUGCAUGUUAUAUACUGAUGUGCUUUACAUGGUUAUUGUACAAGAACACUAACUGUUGUUAAAAUGUGUUUCCGACAUUCAAUGCACAUGUUGCUGAUCAUCUCUAGGUUUUUUCCGGUCAUCUCUGCAGGUGUUCCCGGUCAUCUGCAAAUGUUGUUGGUCACUUAUAAAUGGAGUUGGUCACCUUAGUCAAGUGUUUCCGGUCAUUGUUCCUGGUGUUUCUGGCCACUCAGAGAUGUUGGAUAUUUGCAGGUGCUGAGGGCGCGCUCAUUCAUUCUCCUUUCUUGCCUACAGCGCGUAGCAAAACAUUUCUGCUCAGCGCAGCAUCGGGGAAAGUGUGAAACGAUCAUUCAAUCUGGCUUCAUCUGUGAGAAGGGUGUGAAGCGUUAAAUCUCACUUACUGAGUGGUACGACGGCAAUCAAACACAUUUAUUAGUGCAGGUGAAGUGCUGCUCUUGCAACCGAACGGACUUUUGCACUUAGAAAAUGAAAGUAUCCAGCUUUUGCCGUUGCUGGCCAUAAAAUCGUUACGCUAAAGGUGUAGUGUGCCGCUCGUGUGUUCGUGCGCGUGCGUGUCCGUGCGCGUGUGUGCGUGUUGAUUAUGUGAAUGGCGUGUGGGUAGUGAUGGGCUCUUAAUACACCACGAAAAUAUAAUUAUUACCUUCACCAAGUCUGGAUUCGUGUUUGUUCCCUCCACGGCAUCCUAGACCAGUGCUUUUUGUGUCGGUAGCAAAUCUUGUCGAAUAUCGUGUGAUACGUUCUGUUAAGUAUUGCAUUAAUAUUUUGCGAGAUAACGAUUUGAAUCUACGUUACGCAUAAAAAAUUAUUUGUUAAGGAGAAUACCUGUCUAUAAUGUAUGUUUCUUGCGUUGCCGACCGUCAGGAAAAUGUCAAAUCAACGAUCGUUCGCAACGAAAUACACACUUCUUUCUCAUAGUUA